AUGGAUCUCGCCGGCCUGACACGCCCCGCCAUAUUAUGUCAGUGCUCUCGAUGUUCAAGUUCUUUGGCGGUGCUAGAGAAUGAGUGGGCAAAACUAUCAAAUGCCUACUCUCUUGCGACAGCAUGGCUAAGUGUGAACUUCAACCGGAUCUCCAUUUCGCCAGACAAGAAACAAAUUCCUCAGACGCCGGAUAUGCACUUAUUACGAGGUCGAACUACUCAAGAGGUCACUUGUAAACUGUGCCAACAGAAGUUGGGCGCUCUAUGCACUUUGGACAAUGGGCCCAACAUAUUUUGGAAGAUGUCACGAGUAGCAUUUAGGGAGGUUGUGACCAUGCGAACCGCAGAACCCCUCUUCAAGGAGGGUGCCCUCGAACGAUUCCUCUGUCCUCCGAAAGAACCCUCCCACCAAGAUUUCGAUUUCCCUACUGAAGGUGCGUUAGUACCUAGCGGCGCAUCUGGCUCUCCGAUGGCAACGGCGGAUCCAGCCAUGAAACAGCACAUGCAGCAUCAGGGACGCAGUAUCGAUCAAAUCUCGAAUUCGGUGAAUCACUUGCAGGAUACCAUGACGGAUUUAAAACACUCGUUCACCGAGCUCCGUAUCGAACUUCAUGGAAACACCAACCAUGUGGGCGAAAAUGGAAAUCUCCAUAGCCACGGAUUCGACAUGAUCACAACUGUGCUAAAGGAGCUGAAGUCCAAAUCCGACGAGAUUGAGAAAUUAAAGCUGGAGAUCGAGGCCUUGAAGUUGAAGAAUAGGUUCAUGGAGACGCGGGAACCACAGAAUCUCGAUUACUUGCAUACGGGUCACAGCACACUCCCGGAAGUCCAAAGCCCUGGGUUGCUUCAGGCUGGGAGAAAACGUACAUGGCCCGAUGCAUUUCCUCAUGGCGCUGCGCGUACGGUCGCUGACUCGUUUGGGGAAGAAGAUAUGAUUGAUGAUCUGCCUUUGGCCAAUGCACCAACAUAUCUGGUCCGUCUUCCAAUCAAGAAUUCGAAUUUCCCAAGCAGCAGCCAAAAUCAACAACAGCCGGCUCCCGUUGCUCCUAGUCUCCAGCUUGAGAACCACGACCCAAACAUAAACCUGAGUGCGGCCGAUGAACAUACAGAUACUGCACAGCCAAGUCCAUCCAAACGCUUGAGAAUCACACAGUCCGCCGUGGAGCCGCCCGAGUCAGCAACAAACGGGGAGAAAAAGCGCCGCCGAGCUGGCCGGCCACGGAAGUCUGAAGGCCAAGCCACCAAAUCUGCCAUUGAUCAGUCACCCAGCGGUCCUCCAGCAGGCUCGGAGGAGGGCAAUGAGUCUAGCUUUUCCGCUCAAGUUCCUACAUCCAACCCAAUUACAAGUCAACCCAGUCGCGGUAGUCGCGGUGGUCGUGUUCGACGAAGCACGCGUUCACGGUCUAUUCUUCCCAUAGAGCCCAUUGACUCCGAAUCAACGAAGAUGGACUCUUCUGUCCAAGAUGGCUCAGAGAAUGGUGUCAGCGGCGAGCAGGAAUCGCCGAAGAAUGACUACGCAUCAAAUCGAAUCCAGGAUAAUGAUGGCACGACGGGAGAACCUACAUUGACUGCAGAGGAAAAGCGCAAAGCCAAAGUCGCAGCGCGGGACGCUAUGACUCGGAGAGCUAUGCAGCGAGAGGAAGCAAUGGAGACUGAUGACGGUCGAUAA